AACCAUUUCUGUCUUUAUACGAAUAAUUGUAACACUCUCUUAAAUUAAACUGUUUAAAAUAGAUCAAUAUGCGAUUUAACACCAUAUUAUUUAUUUUUUCUAUAUUCUCACUUGUAAGUGGUUUCAAUAAUGAUAUACAAGAUAUCAAUGUUACAUCAGUGGUGGAUGAAAUUACUAAAUGGGUAAACUCAGGGGAAGAGACAGAAGUAUUUCAGGAAUUAAUUAAACAUUUGUCUCUGCCAAAUGAAUUACAAUUUACCAAUUGGAGAACUUUCACUGAUUUAAAUAGUAUAGGUAUUUGUACUAUAUGCAAAUCAUUUCUUAAAACUUUUAUUACAUUCCGACAACGAGGCAUGUCUGAAAAUGAUAUUGCAAAGAAGAUAAUUAAAUUAUGUGUAUUAUUCAAUUUUCAAACUGAGAGAGUUUGUACUGGUGUCAUCAAAUUGAAUCUGCCAAUAAUUCUUUAUAUAAUAGACUCAAAACCAAAUAUAAAAGCAUCUGAUAUUUGUGGAAUUGUUUUGGAAUCUAAAUCUUGCCCUUUUGAUACUAAAAAGUAUGAGUGGACAGUUCCCCUUGAUCAUAUACCUAUUGAAGAAAUGCCUUUGAUGAAAAAAAGUAAUGAUACAAUUAAAAUUAUACAAAUAACUGAUAUCCAUUAUGAUCCUAAAUACGAGCCAUAUAGCAAUUCAUACUGUAAUGAACCUACCUGUUGUCACAAAGGACAAAAUAUUACAAACUCAAGUAAUAAAAUAGCUGGUUAUUGGGGAGAUUAUAAUAAAUGCGAUAGUCCAUGGCAUUCAAUAGUAGAUAUGUUGGCUCAUAUUAAAGUAACACAUCAGAAUAUUAAUUAUAUUUACUUUACUGGAGAUAUAAUAGAUCAUAGUGUUUGGGAAACUUCAAUGGAAGGAAAUAUAGAAAAUAUUCAUAAAAGCUACAUUGAGAUUUAUAAAUAUUUUAAGAAUAUACCAGUUUAUCCUGUACUUGGUAAUCAUGAAUCACAUCCUAUGAAUCAAUAUGCACCUCAAAGUAUAACAGAUGGUAAUUUAAGUACAUAUUGGCUGUAUAAUUUAGUGGCAGAUUUAUGGAUCAGUUUUGGUUGGCUACCAGAAUCUACCCGUGCUACUAUUUUACAAGGUGGAUUUUAUACAUUAUCACCUAGAAAAGGAUUUAGAAUCAUAGCUCUGAAUAGCAAUAUUUGUUACUGUUAUAACUGGUGGUUAUUAUAUCAACACCAAGAUCCUAGUGGACAAUUAAAUUGGCUAGUGGAAACACUUACACAAGCUCAAAAGAAUAAAGAACUUGUACAUAUUUUAAGUCAUAUUCCACCUGGUGAUAAAGAUUGUCAACAUAUAUGGAAAAGGGAAUAUAUUAAAAUUAUUAACAAAUUUUCUCACAUUAUUGUUGCUCAAUUCAAUGGUCAUACACAUAAUGACGAAUUACGUGUUAUUUACAAAGAUAAAGAUGCAAAAAAUGUUAGUCAUAUAGCAUGGAAUGGAGGUAGCUUUACAACUUACGAAUAUUUGAAUCCAAAUUAUAAACUGUAUACCAUUGAUAAUAAUACUCUCAUGGUUGAAGAUUUUGACAAUUGGAUAUAUAAUAUAACAGCAGCAAAUGAACAUCCAACACAAUGGCCACAAUGGUACAGAUCGUAUUCGUUUAAGAAUGAAUAUAAUUUUACAGAUUUGUCAUUAAAUUCUUUAAAUAAUUGGCUUGUAGAUAUGAAAAAUAAUAUGGAUACCUUAGAUCGAUAUUAUAAGAAUUUUUUCAAACAUGCUGCUCCAGCUUUGCAAACAAGCUGUGAUUUAAAGUGCAAAGAACAAUAUAUGAAUAGUAUUAUUGUUACUGUACCACACUAAUUAUUAAAACUUGAGUUAUAAUAUUAAAUUAUGAGUACUUUA